AAGCGCUACAAGCGCAGCACUAAUGUUCGCCCUCGAAGGCAAUUCCCAUGUACGUCGUCUCUCCCUUUUUUCUAUACUGGCAAUGCCAUAUCACUGGUUCUGCUUUGAUCAAUAUUUUCCUGCUCUCUUGCUCUCGGAGUAAGAACAAGGGUUCGAUGAGAAGAAGAAGAACCAUCAUCUUCUAUUAGUUUUCGAAGUUUUUUAUCGUUGUCGUUUUUUUGCCUUUGACCAAGAAGGUCGUUAAAAUAAAAUUGUGCCCAGAAUUGUGCAAAACAAUAAAAGUGAAGUAAAAAUUAUUGUGCGUUUUAUUGUAAAGCAACGAUCGACACAGUGGUAGCAGACCGUAUUGAGAAAUAAUCAUAUUACAAAUAUUGCGUGCCAUUUGCCCUUGCCCGAACAGUGGAACGUUCACUGCCUUCAUCAACAGUGUGUGCUGAAACAGAACCUUGCCCAAAGGGGAAGACAUCGUCACCGUGCUGCACCAUCAAAGCGCGUCCUGCCAAAGUGUAAGUGGAACCAGUCGAUCAGGGAAACUGACUCCGUGGUGACCGACUGUAGCAAAGUUGUCCCGUCAACAUCUGGUCCUUCUCAACCGGCAAUUUGGAAAAAAUAAUAAAAAUGAGUUACAAUGAUGCCUUUAAGUGCCCACUUUGUCACACUCGGCACUCUUUCCGACACUGUCGCAGCUUUCUUCAGGCGACGCCUUCAGCGAAGGACGCCAUUGUGCGCAAGUAUCAAGGCUGCGUAAAUUGUCUUGGCCUGGGUCAUCGCGUUAUUACUUGCCCUUGGAACGAAGGCUGUCGGGUAUGCAAUUUGGCCCAUCACACCUGGUUGCACCCUCUUGAUGUUAACCGGGAGGUUUGGUUACGUAUGACCGCCGAAGUCAUGAUGCAUCUCCCGGGACUGGAUGAGACACCAAGGAAAGUUCGUGUCCUUAUCGACCCUCUUUACGAUGAAAGCUCACUCGCACUGGGCUCUCCCAGCAAUUUUGUGAUGUACCCGAGCCCUGCCACUGUUGUGCUGACAUCGACAAACAACAAUGUUCGGACGUACACCGCCAAACUUAACGUCGAGCUUGAGUCCGAGUUGUUAUCGCCACGUCACGCCGUCGAUUUGCAGUGCGUAAAAAAAGUUUACCCAAAGAAGGCGAUAGCGGAUCCCCAUUUUGAAACACCGGGAAAGUAUAAUGUGGUCUUGGGAAAAUCAGCAUCUAAUGGAAUUUUCUUGGGCCUACCCAUCAUUGAACCAGGCAUGCCGUACGCUCAAAACACCAUCUUUGGCUGGACCUUUUUCGGCGACGUUGCCCGGAAGAAGUAACUGUUUCCCAACAAUUCCUACUUACCCGAUGAAAGUUAUCAGUAUUUGUUACGAUACCAUGAAGACUGAAGACCGUGGAGCUGGUUCCUUAUUUUUAUUAAUUUUUAAUUUGUUUAGUUUUUUCUAAUUUUCUAACGUUUUAUAUAAUGUCAAAAUUAAUUUCAUAGUAUACUUUAGUUGGGACCUUGUCCCAAGGGGGGGAAGAUGUUCAUGGGAAAAGCGCUACAAGCGCAGCACUAAUGUUCGCCCUCGAAGGCAAUUCCCAUGUACGUCGUCUCUCCCUUUUUUCUAUACUGGCAAUGCCAUAUCACUGGUUCUGCUUUGAUCAAUAUUUUCCUGCUCUCUUGCUCUCGGAGUAAGAACAAGGGUUCGAUGAGAAGAAGAAGAAUCAUCAUCUUCUAUUAGUUUUCGAAGUUUUUUAUCGUUGUCGUUUUUUUGCCUUUGACCAAGAAGGUCGUUAAAAUAAAAUUGUGCCCAGAAUUGUGCAAAACAAUAAAAGUGAAGUAAAAAUUAUUGUGCGUUUUAUUGUAAAGCAACGAUCGACACAGUGGUAGCAGACCGUAUUGAGAAAUAAUCAUAUUACAAAUAUUGCGUGCCAUUUGCCCUUGCCCGAACAGUGGAACGUUCACUGCCUUCAUCAACAGUGUGUGCUGAAACAGAACCUUGCCCAAAGGGGAAGACAUCGUCACCGUGCUGCACCAUCAAAGCGCGUCCUGCCAAAGUAAGCUGCAUUAUUGGUCCCGACUACAGCAUAAAGGUCUGCACCAUUGGUACUGUGAUAAAUCGUUCGGCCUACACCAAGGAUUAUUGUCAAUUGGAGGGUUCAGGUGGUCGUCAAACCCAGCCGAUGCCCAUUCGAUGGAUGGCCUGGGAAAGUGUUCUUUUGGGUAAAUUCACCUCUAAAUCCGAUGUCUGGUCAUUUGCUGUGACCCUUUGGGAAAUUUUGACAUUUUCCCGCCAUCAGCCCUACGAGCAUUUGAGUGAUGCCAAAGUUAUUGAGAAUAUUGGACAUAUCUAUCAGGAUAAUAAUAAAUACGAAUUUUUGAAAAUGCCCCCGAAUUGUCCACGUGAAAUCUACGAUUUAAUGUGCGAAUGUUGGCAGCGCAACGAAUCGAAUCGCCCCAAUUUUCGAGAAAUCCAUUUAUUUUUGCAAAGAAAAAAUCUGGGAUUUAAACCGACAUUGAUGACAUAUUGAAGCAUGAGCGAGCAGACGAAAUAAGUGAAACGAAUUUACUCAAAAAACAAGCAAAAAAUAUCAGAAGAAUAAUUUUCAAUAUUUAUAUCAAUUAUGAAUUGAACGAAAGCACACAGACACACACUUGGAAUUUUUUGAUAUAGAAUUUAAGAGGAAAACAAAUGCAAUUUUUUUGUUAAACAAUUAUUUGUAGUGUAAGUUAUUAGGUUAAGGAAAUAUUUCGAAAUC